UCACUCACACACAGCAAGCGCACAUUGCAAAGCACAAUCGCAGCUCGAUCGCACGCACUAGCUUGCACGCUCCGUCGCAAAUGGCCAUGGCACCCAGAGCGCUGCUCCUCCUGGCCGUCGGGCUCGUGAUCGCAGCCUCGGCGAGCGCCCACGGCGGCUACGAGGGGUCGUGCCCCAAGGACGGGCUGAAGCUGAAGGCGUGCGUGGACGUGCUGGGCCUGCUCAAGCUCAAGGUGAACGUGCCGCGCCAUGAGCCUUGCUGCUCGCUCCUGGACGGGCUCGUCGGCUUGGACGCGGCGCUCUGCCUCUGCGCAAACAUCGACGCCAAUGUGCUCGGCCUCAACCUCCACCUCCCCGUCGACCUCCGCCUCAUCCUCAACAACUGCGGCAAGGUCUGCCCCACCGAUUUCCGGUGCCCACCACGCCACUAAAACUAAAAGUCGUCUCGACUGAGUAUCGUGAUGUUGUCUUGUCUGCAUUUUUAAACGCCGUUUGUAUAUUUCUUGGUACAAUUGAUGUCCCAAUCUUUUGUUUCCACUUUUUUUUGUUUCCCUUCCCUAUGAUUAAUCAAAUAAAAUGAAGUUGUAUUUUGUAUCA